AACUCAAAUCAUUUGCAAAUAGUAAAUCUAUCAGAAGCAGCUCUAAAACGAUGUCAUCUCAAUACCCUAUUGGUCGAAAGGCGUCACGUGUGGCAAAAUGAUUUCGACUUCGAGCGACGGGCCAAUCAGUUGGAUGUUGAUAUCAACUCGGCGAACUUGUGGGUGGUAGCGGCCCUGUCGCGUUUUGCAUACUGUGAGAUUCAAUAGCAGCAAUCUUGUAAUACACCUCGCGAGAAGAUGGGGUUGUACAUGUUGCAUGUGUAAAAUAUGUCAUUGUAGGUUGUGUAUGUGUUGUGUAAUUGAGCCCAAUUCGUCAUUGCUCCCUGCUCUCGUCAUCGGGCGUGCUUCUCUCCGCGGACCCAAAUUCAUCCUCUGUGGAUGUGUCUCACAUGUACGUCCUUAGCAUUUUCCAGCGACAGUUUCCUAAUUUAGUCAGCUCGACCCCCAGUCCAACUCUCCUUGUAGUGCCCGCACUUACUCCGAAUUAUUACCUGGCUUAGCCUCAGACCGUCAUCAACGUUCGUGGCGAUUUUUAAAUGUAGGUUCGAAGGAGUGGAUAUGGUUUCCGUGGCUUUUUCUCACUAAAUUCGCGUUGUACAUGGGGGCUCACCUUCAGUCGUCUGGUGUUUCUGGUUAAGACGGCACAGGCGGUUCUGGCACGAACGGGCGUAUGCAGUCUAUAGUCUGUGUACUUAACGCCUAGGAGGAUGCAGCACCUUUAGGCUUGAUAUUCGUGGUUAUUAUAUCGUAGUACAGGGUUUCUUCGUUUCUGGCGGCCCGAAUCCUGCUGCAGAGUAUGUGCUGUUAAGCACAGCAUACUUCUAAGGUUCAGAAUACUUCCUUAUAUCUUUGUACUCUAAUUAUAUAGUGGAGGACCGUUCCCAGGCAACACUUCAGCUGUUAUCAGGAUGGAUGGAAGGAAGAGGCGGCGGAUUGUGUGUAAUGAACCAGGAUGCCUUGCUUCUUUCAGGUCCCAAGAUGAGCGCACCAAUCAUAUAAGAAGCGAGCGCCACAUUUAUGGCCCAGCUCUGCAACCAGUCCAGUCCACAGCUCCUACACAUCCUGCAAGCCCUUGCUCGGCAUCUGCUCGUGAAGAAUCUACUGCAGUGCCUCCUCGGGCUGCAGAUGAGGCUACUCCGAGUUGGGAUAACACGGGGUAUGAGUUUUCCAUGGCCCGGACCGAACCAUUGAUGCAUAUUGAUGGCCAGUUCUGGAUGCUCACCAAAACCGGGAAUGGAGGGACUGGUUUGUCUCGUGAAACAGUGAAAGAGCUGCUGAGGUUGUUCAAGGAAGCGCAGACAACCCCACUCAGCUUCGAGACUCUGGCAGAUGUGGACCGGUUUGAGGAGUCCUUGGAAAAAGAGGUUGGAUUGCAACCCUUGGAGCCAGUUGACAUCACAGACAAGGAGCAGGAUGCGACGCCAGUGAUCCUGUGGUGUCGGCAGACAUGGGCAUGCGUGGCUGACCUAUACAGCAAUCCUGCAAAUGCAGAAGGUUUUGUAGCGGAACUUGAAGACAGCAGCGAGAGUGAAGAAGCACACAGAUUCACAGAACCUUCGACAGGAUCAUUCUGGAGAGAGGCUGUGGCUGGACUACCAGAUGGUGCAUCUAUUGCUGCUGUCAUCUUAUAUUCAGAUGCAACUGAACUAGCCAAGGAUGGAUCAGCAACUGGUCACCCUGUCUAUGUUUCAUUGGGUAACAUCUCAUCUGGAGAACGCUGGAAGCCUCAUGGCAGACGAUUAGCAGCCUUGCUUCCGGACUUCAGCAAGCACGUAGUCAAGCCUGGAGUGGAUGUGGCACGUCGACGGCUUGAGAUCUUCCACACCUGUCUGGAGAAGAUUCUAGAGAAGCAGAAGGAGGUGGAGUCAACGGGAAUGAGGAUGAAGGAUCCCCUAGGUGUUGUUCGGUAUGUUCGCCCGUUGCUAUACGCAUAUGUGGGCGAUUAUCCUGAGCAAUGCAAGGUGGCGGGGACGAAAAUGGGCAACCAGACGCGGUUUCCAUGCCCGAAAUGCCUCAUAUCGAAUGAGAACUUGGCGAACGCUGAUGCGCGGUGGGAGUACAGGACGGAGGAGGGCCAAAAGCUGACUCUGGCGCAACUGCAAGCUUUCCGUGGUCGCACAGCUCUAGCUCGAGCCGAAACUGUGGAGAGCACACAUCGAGUCAAAGUUGGGAUAUGGGGAUUCCCAAACGGCUCAACAACAUGGGGGAAUCCAUAUCGCUCGCUGAUGUGUGAUGUCAUGCACAUCCGCCAAUCCUUGUUCCGCCUGCCAUCCGAAGGGAAGCACUAUUUCGCAAACAGAGGGGUGUUCCAAGCAUUUGAACAUCAGUCGGUCAUGCAGGCUGGUCGCUAAGCUGGUGGACGUGUUUGGUGAGCAGCAAUCAUCCGAGUUCAAUCUUCCCAAGGUACAUGCGAUGCUUCACGUCGUAGAUGACAUUCGUCGUGGGGGAAUUCCUGCUCACUAUUGUACAGAUAUGUACGAGCAUCUACACAUAGCACUGAUGAAGCGGCCAUACCGCACAAGCAACAAAAAGAAUGUUGAGUCGCAGAUAGCACGAAAGGCGUUGGUGGCUGAGCUCGUGGAUAUACUCGCACGCCAAGAAGAAGGAGCAGAAGACUCAGCUGCAAGGAACGGGGCGCUGAGUCAAGCCUUGCAAACUGGGUGUCCAGCAGUAACUGGCAAGAAUGGGCAACUGGCUCUCCUUGGCGAUAGGUCUUCGCUGUGGCAAGCAUAUGCACACACUAUUCCAGGCAACAUGGAGCAAUUGUUGCCUUCUAUUAUGUCCUUUUUAGGGCCCGAUAGGACAUGUGACGCACGCGUUAACCUUCAUCGUGGAGUGGCCGUUCCGCCUGGUGAAAACUACGAGAUAUACAAUCGGCAUGCACAGUUCGCUCGAGCCACUCCUCUUUUCUACGGCAGGCCGUGGUUCUCCGACGUUGCUGUUACUGAUCACUCCACUGACGACGCAGAUGCACAAAGAUUCUGCAAGUUACUCCUAAUGUUCACGCUGACUAAUGGCGAGGAGUGCCAGCAGGUCGCUUUCGUGCGGUUUUAUAACGUGCUUGGUCCGGCUGAAGGAUCGGUAUUGGACCGCAUGACAUGGGCGAGUGGUGAUGGGGCAUACGGCAUCGUACCUGUUGAUGACAUCC